UAGAUUUAAUAGUUGGUUAGAUGCUCGUUUUCUUUAUAUUGAACAAUAAACGAAAUCAACGGAUAAUUCCAUAGUUAGCUUAAGGAGAAGCUCUAACAGAAAAGCAGAAACGGUGAACUAACAACCAACUUGAAUUCUAAUUGUCUUUUGUCCUUUUUUUCAUUCGAUAUCGCUCAUCGCUAGUUGUGUUUUUCGCCAUGUGUUUCGACGCGCGCGAAUUGCCGUUGUUAUCUCUGCUGUCAUAAACAAAUAUCGUAAUUCUAAUAUAAUACUAAUAUAUGUCGUCGAAUUAUAUUUUCGAAAUAGGAAAAAUAGAAUUGAACACAAGUCAAAGUGGAGGUAAAUUGCUCACAAAAGAUCUUUUAUUUACUUGGAAAAUUUUCGGAAAGACUAGGUUAAAUCCGGUGAGAUAUUCUGAGAGGCAAACGUUAAACAACUUCACAUACUCGAAAUGACGUUACCUGGCAUCGGAGUUUUCGGCACGGGAAGCAUCGUGAGGAUCAUUAUACCAUUCUUGCGAGAAAAGGGCUUCAGAAUUGAAGCUAUAUGGGGUCGCACUUUGGCGGAGGUAUCAGAAGUGGCGAGAGAUCUGGAGAUACCGUUCCAUACCAGUGGAAUAGACGACGUUCUCCUUAGAAAAGACGUGGAUUUGAUCUUUAUAAUGUGCUCUCCCAGCUUGCAUUCACAGAUCGCUGUGAAAGCCUUGGGUAUAGGGAAACACGUUGUAUGCGACAAGCCUGCAGGCUUGAGUCAAAGCGAGGCCUUGAAGAUGGUACGGGCUGCACAGUAUUAUCCUUCGCUGAUCAGCAUAGUCAAUCACAGUCUGAGAUUCUUGCCAACUUUUGUGCAUAUGAAAAAGGCACUGGAAGAUGGAUAUCUGGGUGGACCAGUUACAGUUAUAGAAGUAAGAGUACAUAUGGGAAGUUUGUUGCACAAUGGAUACGAUUGGCUGUGCGAUGACACAAUGGGUGGAGGAAUUCUCGCGCUAGUAGGCAGUCACGUUAUAGAUUUAAUUUCUCAUCUAACAGGUCAACGGGCGACGAGAGUGCACGCCGUUGUGAAAACUUUCACUCAAACAACCAAGUAUAUCAACGGAAUUAGGCACGUCACGUCGCCAGAUUUCUGUAGCUUUCAGAUGGAGUUGAGCGGCGGCACCUUGGUAACGGCUACUCUGAGCAAUCAUUUGCAAGGGCAGCUUUCUCAAGAGGUGUUAAUAUGCGGCGGCGGAAAUCAUAUGGUCGUGCGUAGCAGCGAUUUAUAUGGUUGUCGUGCAGGACAAGAGGAGGUUCUUUAUCGCGACAAUGAUGAUCUGCAAGGAAUAACCAUACCGAUCGCUGACUCUAUUCCGAGACCGUACAUCAAAGGGCUCAGGAAAAUGAUAGCAGCGCUGAGAGAGGCUUUUCAAUCUGUGGAGGACAAGAAGGGUUGGAUCAAGGAGCCGGUGUUUUCCGCAUCUACGUUUGAUGAUGGCCUCUAUGUACAAGCUGUUAUCGAUGCGCUGCGCCAAAGUAACCGGCAGCGUGAGUGGGCCAAAGUUAACAUGUUGACGGAAGAGCCAGACCCGAAUCCUGUAUUGAGCGCUGCUGUCAGAGCCACCGCCAUUUCAAUAUAAAAAGACUGUUUCGCGAGAGGUCAUUAUUGCUUACAAAAAAAUCUGCUGUCCUAUUACACAUCCAUUCUAGAGACUGUAUAGACACUGAUAGAUUAAACGCGAGAAGUAAUAUUUUUAAGACAGCUAUUAUAUCAUUACUUUCUAUUUUUAUAUUAUUUAAAUAAUUUAUGUUUCAUUGUCACAGUGAUUACAUUCAUAUGUUAUAUAAGAUGAUUAUUGCAUUGUAUAUACACAUAUAUAUGAAAUGAAUAUUUAGAGAAUUUUAUGGUUGUGCUUAUAGAGCAAUAUAUAUUAGAGCAUGUUAAUUUGAUUAUAUUUAAUUUAAUAUAUGAUAUAUAUUUAAUAUUUAAUAUAUGUAUAUAAUUUUGUAAUUAUUCCGCUUGACUAG